GCAACUCGUGCCUCUGAAGGUCUUCCUUGCACAGAGACAAAAAGAAUCGGGCAGCCAAGAUGGCCCAGUGGCCCUGUUAAAUUUCUCGUCAAAUUCCGGUCCUGGGAAGGAAAGCAGCUUUGAAGACUUUCGCUCUUUGGGAGUUGCGCUCCAGCCCGGAGGAAAAUGAACGGAGGAAGACCAGUGUGGGAAGGAGCGGCGGUUUGCCCUCCUCCUCUUUGUAGGGAGAGCAGCGCGAUAGUCCCAGAAGGGGCCAGACAGAAGGUCCAGAAUGAAGGAACAAUCGGUUUCGGGGCAAAAAGACAAUCCUUCAGGGAGUUCCGCUACCAGGAUGCUGAGGGUCCCCGGGGACUCUGCAGCCGCCUCCACCACUUUUGCAAUCAAUGGUUGAACCCAGAAAAGCACACAAAAGCCCAGAUGUUGGACCUGGUGGUCCUGGAGCAGUUCCUGGCCAUCCUGCCUCCGGAGAUGGGGAACUGGGUGCAAGAGUGUGGAGCCGAGACCAGUUCCCAGGCGGUGGCCCUGGCCGAAGGCUUUCUCCUGAGCCAGGCGGAGGAGAAGGAACGGGGAGAGAUGCAGUUGCAGGUGGAGGCAUCAUUUCUGGGGUUGAUUGCUGAGCCCCCCGAACCAAGAAGGAAUCCAGUAAAUCUUGGUCACAACUAUUUUCUUGGGGAUAUCUCUCCAAAGGAUCUAAGUCAGGACGUGACGCCAGUCCCAGAGAACAGAGUCAUAUACCAGCUGGUAGUAGGAGAAACGUCUCCUCUUUCUGGUGAAGCAGAAACAGACGUUGGGCUUCCAGUGCAGGAUCCCAUAUCCUUCAAGGAGUUGUCUGUCUGCUUCACCAAGGAGGAGUGGGAGCUGCUAGAUCCCGAUCAGAAAGCUCUGCAUGGGGAAGUCAUGCUGGAGAUGUCUAGGAAUGUGGCUUCUCUGGCAGGCAAUGAGCAGAAGAAUGAGAUUUACCAGGAACCGGGGGUAACACCAUUACAGGUUUUUAAGGUCGAAGUGAGAGAAGAGACCUUUUCAAAUCAAGAGCAACCAAAAGGUGAAGUCAGAAUCCAAUUAAACGAUCAACAGAAAAUACAUCCUCCUCCUCUAUGUCUGGAAAUCUAUGAUUUGCUGACCCAAGAAGAUCUUAACGGAAAGAGGACGGGAGAGUGUUUAGGCUGUGAUGAAAUACUUGAAGAACAAUCAAAGCUCAGUAACUUGUGUGAAUGGAGACAGGAAAGAAACUGGUACAAUGAGAGCUUCCCUCCUCAUUGGAGAGAUGCGAUGGGGGAAAGAGCAUUUGAACGUAAGGACUAUGAAAACAGCUUCAACUAUGCCAGUAAGCUUAUUUCCCAUAAAAGGAACCACAGUGGAGAGAAUCCAUAUAAAUGUAUAGUGUGUGGAAAGAGUUUCACGAGAAACGAUAAACUUAUUGCCCAUAUAAGAAUCCACACAGGGGAGAAACCGUAUAAAUGCAUGGAGUGUGGAAAGAGCUUCACGAGGAAUGAUAUACUUAUUUCCCAUAAAAGGAUCCACACAAAAGAGAAACCAUAUAAAUGCAUGGAGUGUGGAAAGAGUUACAGUCACUCCAAAAGCCUUAUAUCUCAUGAAAGUAUCCACAAAGGGGAGAAACCAUAUCAAUGCAUGGAAUGUGGAAAGAGUUUUGGCCAAUGCAGUAGCCUUAUCUACCAUAAAAGGAUCCACACAGGGGAGAAACCGUAUAAAUGUAUGGAAUGUGGAAAAAGUUUCACAAGGAAUGAUACACUUAUUUCCCAUAAAAGAAUUCACACGGGGGAGAAACCAUUUAAAUGCUUAGAAUGUGGAAAGAGCUACAGUCAUUCCAGAAGCCUUAUUUCGCAUGAAACUAUUCACAAAAGGGAGAAACCCUAUCAAUGCAUGGAAUGUGGAAAGAGCUUCAGCCGAUGCAAUAGCCUUACCUCUCAUAAAAGGAUCCACACAGGAGAGAAACCAUAUAAAUGCAUGGAGUGUGGAAAAAGUUUCAAUCACUCCAGUAACCUUAGAACCCAUAAAAGUAUUCACAAAGGAGAGAAACCACAUAAAUGCAUGGAGUGUGGAAAGAGCUUCACAAGGAGCACAGAUCUAACUUCCCAUAAAAGAAUCCACACAGGAGAGAAACCCUAUAAAUGUAUGGAAUGUGGAAAGAGCUUCACUCACUCCAAUACCCUUACUUCCCAUAAAACCAUUCACACAGGGGAGAAGUCAUAUAAAUGCAUGGAGUGUGGAAAGAGCUUCAGUACAAACAGCUCUCUAACUUCCCACAAGAGAAUCCACACAGGGGAGAAGCCGUAUAAAUGCAUGGACUGUGGAAAGAGUUUCAGGACAAGCAGUUAUCUUACUUACCAUAAAAGAAUUCACACAGGGGAAAAACCUUACCAAUGCAUGGAGUGUGGAAAAAGGUUUAAUCAUCCCAGCACUCUUGCUUCCCAUAAAACUAUCCACACAAGGGAGAGACAAUAUAAAUGCCUAGAAUGUGGAAUGUGUUUUACUCAGAGUUGUCACCUUACUUCCCAUAAGAGAUCCACAAUGGGCUUUAACUAUAUAAACGCAUAAAAUGCGGUAAGACCUUUCAGUCUUGUGACCUGAAUUUGCAGUGCUUUAGUGAGAACACUCAUUUUACCAAACCUCAAAAAGAGAUGACCACAUAGGUUAGUAAGUUGAUAAUAUUUCUUGCCAGAGGUUAUGCAUAGCCCUUGGUGGUGAGCAGUGUUCAACAUUUCAAACUGGGUGGGUGCAGGAAAAAAUCUAAAUUUUAUUUUCUUUCUCUUACCAUUUAAAUUUAUUAAUAUGAAGAUCAACACGUUACAUAUACAUCAUAUAUUUACUCCCUUGUAUUUUUAUUGAUUUCCCUUGUCAUAUUAAGUGUUACAGGCUGAUGACAUACCUUAUAUGGGGCUUUGGAAGCCAUAACCAAAUUUUUGAAGGGGCCAUGUGAUCCUUUGGCCUGUGGAUGUACAAAAUUUACUCUUGAACUCUCAGAUGAUAGGGUUGACCCUGCUUUGACUUGUGUUUUCCCCCCAAGCAAAGUGUAAAGUGCUAGAGAAAAUAGAGAAAGUGAAAGUAUUUUUCUUCAGUGUGUAUCAUAAAAUUAGUUUUAGGAAUAAUGAAAUUGCUUGUACUUGAAGCCAAGUGUUGUGUUCCUUAAACAAAAGUGAUUGACCCAGAAGCUUAUCUCAAAAUUAUAGAAAAAUUUAAAGUUUCCAAAGAGUCAACUUAGAUUGUUUAUGCUGAUUAAAGAGGAGAAAGAUGAGAAUGCUUGUAAAAUACUCAUAAUGUUACUUUUUUAAACAUGGUGAUGAUUAAUUCAUAUCUUUAGGAGUAUUCAUAGAAAUGA